AUGCAAGAAAUUUUGUAAAUUGUAUUUGAUUUGGGAGAAAUGAAAUAAGUAAAAUUAAAUUAUAUAUAUCAAGGAAACACUUAAAGUUUAUAGGGAUUCUGACCCUGUUUAAUUAGCAUAAGAUUUUGUUCAUUAACAUAAUUUAAAAAAUGAAGCUGUUCCUAUGAUAGAGGAAACUAUUUGGCAUCAUUUAAAAUAAAUGACCAUAAAUAAAUCUCAAACACAAGAUAAUAUAUUUGAUAGAUUACACAAAGAAGCAUAGAUCAAAUAACAAAGAAAAUAAAUUUAAUUUGCUAAUCAAUAACUAAGUCAAAGAGGAAAUAUGCCAUCACCAGUUCUCAAUUAUAAUCCAGGAGACAUAUUGUAUUAGAAAGGCAUAUAACAUAAAGAAUAAAUGGAGUAUCUAUACUUUAUAUGAUUAUUAUCAGACGUUUAUAAGAUUAAAGAAAGAUGGAACAAUCUUAAGUAGAGUAUCCAUUUAAACCUUUCAUUAGUGAAAGAAGUUAACUUAUAGCUAAAAGACCACAUAAAUAAUCAAUGCCAGAUUAUUUAAUAUAAAUGGGAAAAGAUAUUAGUAAACAUAAAGAUUAAAUGAGGACAAGUAGAUAUCAAAUUGAAACAUAGGAGUGUUCAUUUAGACCAAAUAUAAAUUAAAUGUAUAUUUUAUAUAUUAUAAACAAUAUAGAAGUUAAAAAAUACUAAUGGAGAAAUCAAGAAAUUCAUAAUCUAAUAUUUAUGAUAGAUUGUAUAAUGAAGGUAUGUAAUCUAAAGUUAAACGUAUGAGUAAUAUGGAAAAUACAGAAAGUUAAUCAUAAAGUUAAUUAUUUAAUCAAUAAAGUUCAAGAAAACAUAGUAAAACAGAAAUACCAUUCUUAGAAAGAAUGCAAAUAUCUGUUUUUGAAUAGAGAAAGAAAAAAGAAGCAAAUUAACCUUAAUAAGAAUAUGAUUAAAGUACAGGAUAAAAAUUGUAUCAUCCUUAAAUAUGUCGACCUCCUAUUUCUGUAUUAUAUAAUAUUUAAUUAGCGUAAUGCUGAUCAUUUACCUAUUGGAGAAUAUUUAUAUUAGAUGAGAACAGUAAAAGAAGAUAAAUUUCAUUUUCUUAUUGAAUAAGAUAGAUAAGAAUAAUAAAAUCAAAGAGCAAAAUCUUUAGAUAAAUCAAAUUAAAUUUAUGAAUUGAAAAAGAAGAAAUUCCUAUAUGAAAUUUUUAAUUUAUUAGAUUCAGAUGGUGAUGGAGUAAUAUCAGCAUAAAGAAUAGAAAUAUCAGCUAUUAAUUCUGAAAUCUUAUAAAUCUUAACACCCUUAUUAUGUGAGAUGGAAUAAAUUAAUGCUUAAUUAAAUUAACAACAAUUCUAUGAAGCAGCAUCCAGAUUGAUAUAAACCUUACCUAUUGUUGAUAGAGAUAAGUUGUUAAAAGGAUUAUCAAACAAAAAGAAAACUAAUUAAGAAGAGUAUUCAUUUUAAGUAAUUAUAAUUAUUUAAUAAUUUAAUAGCCAUAAUUGAAUUAAAAUUCAAUGAGGAUAGUCAGCACAAGAUAAAAUCAUUCUGCUAGUAAUCACAAACAUCAAUUAUAAUAAAAAGAUGAAAUGGCAGAAUGUACAUUCAAACCUAAAUUAUAUACUCCACUUAAAAUAUAUGAAUUUAUGCUUAAUUAAUGA